UCUUUUAUAGUUAUAUAAUUGCCUUAAACAAAAAGGGCUUACAAUAUUUAACGAGCUUAAAAGUGUAUCAGUGCAAUAAACUCGAAUACGAUAUUUAUUAUAAUAUUUAACAGAUCUAACGUUUUCAGUUAUCAAAAGAACUUUUAAACUAUAUUCAAAAUGCGAUUCACAAGCAACAUGGCCCAAAUCAUCAAUGGCAAGGCCAUAGCCCAAGAGGUGCGCACCAAACUAGCACACGAGCUCAAGGAAAUGGAGGCUGCUGGCUAUCCGAAGCCCCACCUCACGGCCGUCAUUGUGGGCGAGGAUCCGGCUAGCGAGAAGUAUGUGGCUAACAAGAUGGUCGCCUGCCGGGAGGUGGGCAUCUCCAGUGAGACCAAGAGGUUGCCCGCCUCCACCACGCAGGAGGAGCUGCUGCAACUGAUUGCCGAUCUGAACAAGGAUCCCCAGGUGACGGGGAUACUGGUGCAGUUGCCGGUGCCAGAGCACAUCAACGAGCGCACCAUCUGCAAUGCCGUCGAUGUGGACAAGGAUGUGGAUGGCUUCAAUGAGGUCAACAUCGGACGCACGGCCCUGGACAUGGAGGCCAAUAUUCCGGCCACGCCGCUGGGAGUCAAGCGACUGUUGGAGCAUAUGAAAAUCGAAACACUCGGUCGUAACGCCGUGGUGGUGGGACGCUCCAAGAAUGUCAGUCUACCGAUGGCCAUCCUGCUGCACGCGGAUGGCAAGUAUGCCACCAAGGCAAUGGAUGCCACGGUGACCAUCUGCCACAGGUAUACACCGCCCAAGGAACUGGCUCGCCAUUGCCGGCAGGCGGAUAUCAUUGUGGUCGCAGUGGGCAAGCCGGGUUUGAUCACCAAGGACAUGGUUAAGCCCGGAGCCUGUGUCAUCGAUGUGGGCAUCAACCGCAUCAAGGACGAGAGCACUGGCCAGUUUAAGCUGGUCGGAGACGUGGACUUCGAAGAAGUUCGCCAGGUCGCCGGCCACAUCACUCCUGUGCCCGGCGGAGUUGGUCCCAUGACGGUGGCCAUGCUGAUGCACAACACGCUGAAGGCGGCCAGGAAGCAGUUUGACGAUCGCAAGUCCUCCUGAAGAUUCACCAGGAACUGUCACAGAGUAGUUCGUGCCUUGAUGGCCGAGAAAUAGUAUUUUUAUUUAAUCCCUCAAACCUAUAUUAGAUAGUAAAGUUACUGACCACAAGCUAACGUGACAUAAACCUACAUAUUUCGCCAUAUAAACAGAAAUAAUGAAAUACUA